AAAUAUUUUAAAGAUAUUUUAAGAAAAUGUUAUUUUUGAAAAAUCAAUUUUUUUCAAAUUUCUGAACGUGUAUAACCCCUUAAUCAGUACUGCCCAAAUAAGUAAUACAUCAUUCAACAUCUGAUAAUUUAUAUUUUUACUUUCGUUAACAUCUGGAUAUUUAAAACUUGCUUUUUAUAUUAUGUCUUUUGAAGGAAAGUAUAAUGCCAAAAGUCCAGCUGUAAAGAGGUUAAUGAGAGAAGCAAAAGAAUUACAUGAUGCAACCGACGAGUAUUAUGCUUAUCCAUUAGAAGAAAAUCUGUUUGAAUGGCAUUUUACUGUUCAAGGACCACCAUCAACAGAUUUUGAGGGUGGUAUUUAUCAUGGAAAAAUUUUAUUGCCUCCUGAAUAUCCUAUGAAACCACCUAAUAUUAUUCUCUUAACGCCUAAUGGUCGAUUUGAAAUAAAGAAAAAGAUUUGUUUAAGUAUAUCUGGUCAUCAUCCAGAAACAUGGCAGCCAUCAUGGAGUAUACGAACAGCUUUAUUAGCUCUAAUAGCAUUCAUGCCUACACCUGGAAAUGGAACAGUAGGUUCUUUAGAUUACAGCCCUAUAGAGCGACAGCAGCUUUCCAAAAAAUCAUUAAAUUGGUAUUGUGAUAGUUGUGGUAAAAUAGCAGAUUUAUUAUCAUAUAAUAAAGUUAAAAAACCAAUAACAGAAGAAGAACAGCACAUGUUAAAUACAAUUUCUUUGAAGGGUGAUGUAUCAAUAUCACAAGAUAUGCCUUAUUUAUCAAAUGCUGAUAUUGUUGAAGAAAAUGAAUUAAGGCAUAGAAACAAUAUCAAUAAUUUAAAUGCAGAAAAUGAACCUGAAAUUUUAAAUCCACCAAUAGAAGUUAUAUCAUACUCUAAAGAUUUUCUUUGGAGUUUAUUAAUUGCAAUCUUAAUAUUCGCAAUAAUACUGCUACUUAUUAGAAGAUUAUUUUUACUGUAAUAAAUCUAUUUAUUAAUGCCAAAAAUAAUUACAGUGUUAGAUA